AUGCCACGCGACUUUGGGCUGGACUUGUCUGAGGUAGAACUUGACGAUUUGAAGCAGAAUGUGCGCCAGAAAUCUUGGCACAGCUCAAAGAACGACGGAAAAUAUUCUCCGAUUGGCGAUGAUGACAACAGUAUUGUCUCGCCCUCAAUACGAGAUCACCCGACUAAACGCCUGAACCAAAGCACAGAAUCUCUUAUAAAGGAUUCAUCAAGUACUAAUAAGCAAUCUUACUGGGAAAGCUUCAAGGGCCCCGAGGCCCCCAAAAAGGUUUGCGAAAAUGGCAUUUGGGCCGUCGUGCGCCACCUAGCCUUAUUCCAUAUUCCACCCAUCGGCAUCACCUUGGCUCUUCUGGGACUAUACAUCCACAAAAUACGGUGGGGUGAUUUGACCGAAGAGCAAUUGAACUUCUUGCAAUUUGCAGCUAAGGCUCAUGAGAUAUUAAUCUUGGUGUCGUUGACAGAUAUCUUGUUGCAACGAAUAUGCUACAGUCUCCUUUGCGAAGAUGAAGGGGUUCCACUGGGCCUUCUAUCGUCGCCGUUUCAACUCGGAUCACCGCUUCAGUAUUUCUUCAGCUGGGAAUUAUGGGCUGGCCUUGUACAACCAGGCGUCAAGCCUAAGAAGGCGCGAUCUUGGAUCACUGGCAUCGUGAUAAUCGUUACAGUUUUGCUUUCCGUUGCGGCUGCUCCACUAUCAGCCAUUGUCAUGAUUCCUCGCGAAGGGUGGUGGCAAGUCUUUUAUACGCCUGACGAUGACCUUAGGCACAAUACCUAUUUUAAAUCCAGCAUCUACCCGACUGAUCUAGGCAAGAAACAAACCGAUUUGUAUGUCAUACAACCGGAACCUAACUCCAUUCUUUACCACCCUGAAUCAGCUCUUACACCCAUACUCUCAGACAUACCUGCAGCCAGCAUGGAGAUUAAUUUUCAGCGACUAUCCAACAUCACAUAUACAAACUAUGAAAAGUCGUUUGCCUCGAAUAGAGUUAUUUCAUUAACUCAAGCCAUUCCUGAUGUCGUGCUCGACCUUGCCGUUGCCACAACGCCAAUGGACACUCUGGCUGUAAACGCUCUAAGCGUCUGGAACACUCGUGAUGAGGAGCCAAAGGAUCUUCUCGUCAAGUCUUACUGGAGGACUCUCGAAACGCCUUCUCUUAGAAAGUGGAAGCAACCUCUCGUGGCUGUGGAAUGCGCAUGGAACCGGACAAGUGGCUCCGAGUCAUAUUUCAGCUUUCCGUCGGCCAUGUCCACCGACGAGGUGACCAUGACUUUUGAUGACGAUCCUGAAUUCAAGGAUUUCGUCACCAAGGCCCGGAAAACGCCCAAGAAUAAAUUACCUGAUGUCAGAUAUCGAGCGUGGGCGCCAUCGGACAAAGCCGAUGCGUUGGUUAGCGCCAAUUUCCUACUCUUGGCAGAAGUACCAGAAUAUUUCGAUAACGGCACUCUCAAAACCUAUGAGUAUUCACCACGUACUGAGACUAGCGUGGGACUUCAUUUGUGUCGUAUUUAUGCUCGUUGGGCAGAAGUUGAUCUCUGGGUUGAACGCGGGAAAUCUAAUCUUGUACAGAGUCAGUUCGACCACUCCCUGUUCGACAUUUACAGCCUACUCGGGGACUCUGCAGCCAAAUACGAGCCCAUCAAGAUGCAUAAGGAGUGGUUGGAGGCAGUUGGUCAUCGAAGAAACGAGACUGGUCAGGUCGUUGCCGAACAGGAUUCAAUUUGGGAUAAUACUAUUGAUAUUGCCAACGAUAUUCGGGCCCGCAUCCCCUACGCAAGCAACGAAGAUGGCAAUGUGUUUCUUCAAUUAGCACUAGGAGUGCAUCUAACUGAUAUACUCUCCCGGAUGGGCUCGGACUUUCUUGAUCGCAAGGGAAUCCGCCCUUCGGAUGUUGAUGACGGCAAGCCCCCUGGACCGAGCGAUUAUAUCCUCGAACAAAACCUCUUCCUCGGUGGUUAUGGCUACAGUAUUGAAAGUAGUAACACUAUCCCUCUAGCACUUGGAAUUCUACUCUUACAUGUGGCCAUUGUUUUCAUUCAUGCUUUCAUUAUCAUCUUCUUCCGACAUCGGUGGCUGAGUUCUUGCUGGGCGAGUUUUGGACAGGUUCUUGUGCUGGCACUACGCUCUGAGAAGCAAGAUUUGGGAAAUGUUGGUGGUGGAGUGGAUAGCUCACAGACAUGGAGCACUUCAGCGGUAGUAAGGGUAUUCGGAGUCGGUGGAAGAUUGGAGAUGGUGCUCAACAAUACAAGGAAUGAUAACGGGCUAAUACAGGGGGAAGGAUAUAAAGAAGAGGGCGGCAGCACUGGGUACACUCGCGUUGAGCCAGGCGUUAGAUAUCGCUAG